CCACAUGGAUGACAGAACAUCAAUUUCAGCUCAACCUUUCAAAGACGGAGCUCCUCGUCAUCCCACCUCGUCCGACCUUAUAUCAGCCUAUCAAUCUUCAGCUUGGAUCCAUGCAACUUGUGCCCAAAAGCUCUGCAUGAAACUUGGGCGUCAUGACUGAUGACUAACUGACCUCCAAGGUUCAUGUGUCCUUAAUUGCCCGAUCGUGUCUAUUCGCCCUGUACAACAUCAGGAAAAUCAGACCCUACCUGACCGAGCAAUGGAUACAACUUCUGGUACAGGCCCUUGUGAUAUUGCACUACUGCAACUCUCUACUUCAACCAGCCCAGGAGAGCACAUGUCACUCCGCUCCUCAUCGUUCUGCACUGGCUCCCGGUCGCAGCCUGUAUCAAAUUCAAAGCCUUGUCUCUUGCCUACAAAAUAGCAAUGGGGACAGCCCCUUCUUAUCUGAACUCCUUUGUUCAGAUUCACAAACCCUCCCGCCCACUACGCUCUUCGACUGAAAGACGUCUGGCUCCUCCGCCGCAGAAGGGCUCUGCGUCUCAAACCAGACUCGUCUCCUCUGUAGUGCCCCGGUGGUGGAAAUGGAAUUUAUCAAUCUUUAAGAAGAGACUGAAGACCCAAGGGUUUACUGAACACCUUCACACUUGAUCUACACAGAUGACAAUGGUAAGUAUCACACAGACCGCUCACACGACCUAAAAGCACUUGCAUCCUAAUGGACUCAAACUGAACCCACAGCACUUACUCUUGCUAUGUUUCUUGACUUCAUCCUUGCUUGUGUUGUGCUAUCUCUCAUUUGUACGUCCCUUUGGAUGAAAGCGUCUGCUAUAUGACAUUGUAGAAUUCCAAAAGUUUUCUCCUCCUACUUCCUGACCCAGGAAGGACUUACUUUAACCAAAAUAUAAUGAACCUCAAUGAUAUGUGUACAUUUUCUGUUUACUAAUUAAGCUAGUGAUGGAGGAUACAUCCGAAAGAAGAAACAUGUUUGACAUCAUCCGGAUAUACUCUAAAUGGUGUGUUUUCUUUGACUGAGAUAAUUGUUCAGGGCCACAGUUUUUCUCACUCAGGUUAUAAGCAAACAUCCAUCCAUCCUCCUUAACCGCUUUUCCGCACUCGGGUCAUGGGGGCUGGAGCUGAUCCCAGCUGACAUUGGGGGUACACCCUGGACAGGUUGAAAUAUUUUGUGUUUUGACAUGUAUAGUCAUUAUCUGUGCUAUGGCUUAUUUUAUGUUUAAGUUUUACAGCUGCUGGAGCCUUGCCAUCUGUUCUACUUCUAUAAGAGCUAUCAUCAUAUAACACUCAUACCAUAUUAUAUUGUUAUGUGGGUUAAUAUUUAAUUUUCCAAGAUGAAUAUUAUUAACUUAGACAUACUUCUGACUGAUGGCAUUUAAAGCUCGACACAUUGAUGAACCACAGUACUUUGAUGAGGAACAACUGCCAUUUUCACCACAAAUAUCAAUAUGAGCAAUUUUGGGCAGAUCCUUAAGGAGAUUGGAGAGUUUGGUUUGUUUCAGAAAUGGUUAUUGGUUGCAUUAUCCAUCCCUGGCAUAUUUGCUGCUUUUGACAUAAUUGGCCAGGUGUUUACAGGCUUGAACUUUCCACAUCACUGUAACACUGACUGGAUCUUGGAGCGUGGGCCAAACCUGACGGAUGAGAGACAGAAAAAUCUCACUCUCCCAGUGAACAAGGAUGGAAGAUUUGAAAGCUGUGAAAUGUUCACACCCGUGGAUUUGGAUCUGGAAACCAUUGAAGCAUAUGGGCUUAACACUACAACUGGUUGUCUAGAUGGAUGGGAGUAUGAGGUACCCAAGGGUGCUUCCAGCAUUGUGACAGAGUUUGAUGUAGUGUGUGACAAGAGUGGUUUGAUUGAGGGAUCCCAGUCCAUUUCAAUGGCAGGUGUUCUGGUUGGAUCCCUUGUGUAUGGUGCCAUUUCUGACAGGUUUGGUCGACGUUUUGCAUUCCUGCUUUCACUCCUGCUCACGCUGUUGUUUGGUGUGGGUUCUGCUUUCUCACCCAACGUCUAUGUUUAUAUGGUUCUCAAAUUUUUCUCUUCGACGUCAGGUGUUGUCAUUCAGAUAAAUGCAUCUGUGAUGGCCAUUGAGUGGACUGGUCCGUCUAAGGCUGCUCUCUGCACAACUGUCAUCUUAACCUUAUUUUCUAUCGGACUGACGUUGUUGCCUGGGAUCGCCUAUUUAAUCCAGAACUGGAGGAUCCUGCAGAUGGUGCUGUUCAGCCCUCUUCUUAUCUUCCUGGGAAUCUCUUACUGUUUUCUUCCAGAGUCACCUCGCUGGCUGCUGACCCAGGGCAGGAAGGAGGAGGCUCAAAAGGAGCUCCAGAGGGCAGCCAGGGUCAAUGGGAGGACGGUCCCAGAACAUCUGCUAGAGGAGCUCAAGAUGGAGGGUACAUCUGAAAGGAGAAACUUGUUGGACAUCUUCCGGAUAUCAUAUCUGAGAAAACGUACUCUGAUAAUGGGCUAUAACUGGUUUGCAACAAGCCUUCUAUACUAUGGACUGGGCCUGAAUGUUGGCAGUUUUGGCCCAAAUAUCUACCUUACGCAGUUCAUCUUUGGUUUGGUUGAAAUCCCUUCAAACCCAACUUCUCUGGCUCUAAUUCAGCACUUUGGAAGGAGAAUAUGUCAAGCAGGCUUCCUGUUCUUUGGAGGUGCUGCUUGCCUUGUGGUCCUUGCCAUCCCAAAUGAUCUUCCUGUGGUGGUAACAGCCAUAGCCGUACUGGGGAAAUUUGCUGCUAAUGCCUCUUUCAGCGUAGCCUACGUCUACACUGCAGAAUUAUACCCGACCAUUUUAAGACACAAUGGUAUUGGUCUCAACUCCACGUGUGCUCGUCUGGCGGGCAUCUUCGCUCCACUGAUCAGGCUGCUGGACGUCUACCACGACUCCAUCCCCAUGCUGAUAUACGGCAUUGUCCCCAUUACUGCUGCAGGAUCCUGUUUAUUACUGCCUGAAACCCUCAAUGUUGAACUUCAGGACCACACUGAGCUUAAAAAUCCAGCAAAUGGAGCCAAGGAGAACCGAUACAAUGUUGAACAAAUUAUUGAAGAGCACACAUUUUAAUUUGUACUGGAAUCACUUUUUCCCUCUUAUUCAUAAUAUAUUUAUCAGGCAUGAAAACUGUGUUGUUUUAAUGAUUGUUUAGAAUGAAAAAUCGAACUAAUUGUCAUAACUAUUAAGUGCCAACCAUAAUCAAAUUAUUUCAGAAAUGUAUAUAUUAACUUAAACAGCUCUGUCCCCUAUGCCAAAUAAAUUAAAGUGUUUUGUUCCCAAAAUACAGACAUUCAGUUAGUUUUUUUUAUGCUCUUUGUGUAAACAUUGUUUUGUUACAAGUGCUUUAUAAAUAAAGUUGAAUUGAUCAGAGCUG